CUGAACAGAAUUACAUCCUCCCAUCCUCCUUUACCUAAUCCAGACUAGCUUUGUCUCAUCACUCGGCUCGAGGUGCUGCUUCUGUGAACUUCAGUCCUCUGUCCUCUGUGUGGCUCGUGCGCGUCCGUCGAGAGAACCAACUGUGAACCCUUUUCGCCUGUUAGUAGGAGAGAAAAAACAACAGUAACCAUGGAAGCCAUCAAGAAGAAAAUGCAAAUGUUGAAACUGGAUAAGGAGAAUGCUAUUGAUCGGGCAGAGCAAGCAGAAGGAGACAAAAAGGGGGCAGAGGACAAAUGCAAACAGCUGGAAGAAGAGUUGCUGGCCCUGCAGAAGAAGCUGAAGGGAGUGGAGGAUGAGUUGGAUAAAUACUCAGAGUCACUGAAGGAUGCCCAGGAGAAGCUGGAGCAGGCUGAGAAGAAGGCCACAGACGCAGAGGCAGAGGUGGCUUCCCUAAACAGACGUAUCCAGCUGGUAGAGGAGGAGUUGGACAGGGCCCAGGAGAGACUGGCCACUGCGCUGCAGAAGCUGGAGGAGGCCGAGAAGGCUGCAGACGAGAGUGAGAGAGGAAUGAAGGUGAUAGAGAACAGGGCGUCAAAGGACGAGGAGAAGAUGGAGAUCCAGGAGAUGCAGCUAAAGGAGGCCAAGCACAUUGCUGAGGAGGCCGACAGGAAGUACGAGGAGGUGGCCCGUAAGCUGGUGAUCCUUGAGGGUGACCUUGAGCGCUCUGAGGAGCGUGCUGAGGUGGCUGAGGCUCGAGUCAGGGAGCUGGAGGAAGAGCUUAGACUCAUGGACCAGAAUUUGAAGUCCAUGAUGUGCGGAGAGGAUGAGUACUCACAAAAGGAGGACAAAUAUGAAGAGGAAAUCAAAGUUCUUACCGACAAACUUAAAGAGGCUGAGACCCGUGCUGAGUUUGCAGAGAGGUCUGUGGCUAAGCUGGAGAAAACCAUUGAUGAUUUGGAAGAGAAACUGGCUACGGCUAAAGAAGAGAACCUAGACAUGCACCAAACGCUGGACCAAACCCUCCUGGAGCUCAACAAUCUAUAAAGAGAGCUCUGUCUGUCUGGGCCCAUGAACAAGAGGCCUAAAACACAGGCGAAAAGAAAAAAACACAAAGCUUUCAUAAUGCUCAUUGACCAAAUCCUUUAGUUGACUUGCCCCUUUGGGAACAGGACAGUCUUCACUUGGCUUUAAUAGUAGUAAAGGCUUACGAACAAGGCAUUCCGUUUAGUUAAUGAGGGUCUCUUGCGCACAUGCUAGUUAAUGGCAAACGCAUGCUGGCUACAGAAGUUAACAUGGUUCAGUAUAACAGCAGAACAGCAUAGAGUUGAAUGCUAUCGAGGUUGCUGUUUGUAUUUAGCAUGUGAUUCAAGUCUUAAAGUUGACAUCUCUUUUUUAAUCUGACCUCUGAGGCCUCCUUGAAGUGAAAUUGCAUUUGCUUUACUCUUUAAGCUCUUAUCUCAAACUCUUAUUUUUUUAAAUCCAAAAUAUUACGUUUUUGUAAACCUUCAAAACAAAUAAAUGGUAAACAUAUUCUUGACUUACUGUUUGGUAAGAUGUGCCACUCAUUGUUUUAAUUAAUAGAGUAUAGUAUUGGAGUAGAACUGACCCAAACAGGGAAAAAUACUAGCGUUCACAUUUUAAUAUUUGGACUAUUUAGGAUAGCAGUUUGUUAAAGGUUAGUUUAUAUGGUUCAAAAUGACUAGCAAAGGUAUCAAAUAAUGUAAUACAAACUAAAUACAAUGGGGGACAUUUAAUUUUGACACAGGAUACUUUUGACAAAUUUUUGAAUUUUCAAAAUUAUUGUAGUGACCUUUUGGGGGUUUGGAAAGUAGUCUUUAAUCAUGAUGAUGUGGUACCUCAUGUAUUCUAAUCAUGAUGAUGUGGUACCUCAUGUAUUCUAAUCAUGAUGAUGUGGUACCUCAUGUAUUCUAAUCACUUGCCUUUUUUUUUUUUCCUUGACAAAGAUUUUUGAGAGUGCCCAUAGUUGUUAGAAUCUGAAACGUCUCUUAAUUUUUGAAACACCCUCUCAAUAAUUGGCCGGGUUUAACUGUGACAUGGUUCUUCCACGAAACGAGUCUCUUUUUGAGUAGUGUAACUACUUGCUCAACCAGGGCUGGCCCUGUGCUCAACCCAAUUGUUUCCCCCCCACAAAACAACACAAAAUGGCCAGAAAGAGUAGAACCAGCUCACCUGCUUUUACACUGAUUUGAUUAUUAGAUGUUAAAUGUUUAUUUUUAUUUUUAUUUUUUUUUGGGGGGGGGGGGGGGGGGGGGAUUAAAUAUUUGCCAUAUUAAAACAAAAGUUCAGUUCAGUUUGACAUUGUCAAAACAGCCAAAUUUACUUUUGAGGUUAAAUCUGAGAAGUCCGAUUGCAGAGGGACAUGUCAAAAUGCUGAAUGUUGGCACUAACUCUUAUUGAUAUAUUUAUUUAUUUUUAAACUCAUGUAUUGAAUUGUCCAUGUCUAUAUUAAAUGGCACUUCAUUUAAUAUGGCAGGCUUUUAAAAUCCAAUAUUGGUGCAACAUUUCUACUUCAGAUAUUAAAGGGAUGCAAAAGGGACUCAUUUUGUGGAACUACCCUACAGCUGUAAACUUGUUUGGUUGAUUUCCAGCUCAUGUAAUAUCUUAAUGCACCUGUGUCAAUACUUCAGACUAGUCAGAAUGCUUAUCGGUCUGAAGGUUUUAAUUGGGGGGAAUUAUUCAAUAUUCUGGAGGUAUUAAAAUAAUUGUAUUAAGGUUUAUUACUCAUGUAUGUAUCCUAUGCAAUGAAUCAACUGUAUAAGCUCUUAAGAUGAUUAAAAAAUGGCCAGCAAAAUGUA